AUGGUGAAUGAAUUCCUCGAAGAUAGUUGGAUAGGGGUUGGCGCAUUAAUAGGAUUUAUGUUUCUUUAUAACAUUAUAUUCACCGUGGCUCUCACGCAUCUCAAUCCAUUUGAUAAGGCACAAGCAACAAUAAAUGAAGAAUCAGAAGACAGCGCAACGAAUGGCACACUCCAAGAAGUUGAAUUACCGCGUAUAGCAAGUUCAGGAGAAUCCUCUAGCCGCAGACAGAAACGAGGAAUGGUUCUUCCUUUCGAGCCACAUUCUAUAACCUUCGACGAAGUUGUGUAUUCGGUUGAUAUGCCACAGGAAAUGAAGAUUCAAGGAGUAAUAGAGGAUAGGUUGGUGCUUUUGAAGGGUGUUAGUGGUGCAUUUAGGCAUGGUGUUCUCACAGCGUUGAUGGGAGUUAGUGGAGCUGGAAAAACUACUUUAAUGGAUGUUUUGGCGGGAAGGAAAACUGGUUGUCAUAUCGACGGGAGCAUAAAAAUUUCUGGCUACCCUAAAAGGCAAGAAACGUUUGCUCGAAUCUCUGGUUAUUGUGAGCAGAAUGACAUCCAUUCUCCUCAUGUUACUAUCCAUGAGUCAUUGAUCUACUCGGCAUGGCUUCGUUUACCAUCAGAAGUUGAUUACAAUACAAGAAAGAUGUUCAUUGAGGAAGUAAUGGAGCUAGUAGAGCUGAAUCCAUUAAGAAACUCUUUGGUUGGUUUGCCUGGCGUAAGCGGUCUUUCAACCGAACAACGCAAGAGGCUAACUAUAGCAGUUGAGUUAGUUGCCAAUCCAUCCAUAAUUUUCAUGGAUGAGCCUACAUCUGGUUUAGAUGCUAGAGCUGCUGCAAUUGUUAUGCGAACUGUUAGAAACACAGUUGACACAGGAAGAACAAUUGUAUGCACCAUUCAUCAACCAAGUAUCGACAUAUUCGAAGCUUUUGAUGAGUUAUUCCUGAUGAAGCGCGGAGGACAAGAAGUAUACGUUGGGCCGUUGGGUCGUCAUUCGAGUCAAUUGAUCAAGUAUUUUGAGAGUAUUGAAGGGGUUAGUAAAAUCAAAGAUGGCAAUAAUCCAGCAACAUGGAUGUUGGAAGUUAUGAGUUCGGCGCAAGAACUUACUUUAGGUGUUGAUUUUAAUGAUACAUACAAAAACUCUGAGUUGUUUAGGAGAAACAAGCAACUUAUAGAAGAACUAGGAAAACCUGCUUAUGGUUCAAAGGAUCUUCAUUUCUCCACCCAAUACUCAAAGUCAUUUUCGAUCCAAUGCUUGGCUUGCUUAUGGAAACAACAUUGGUCGUAUUGGUGCAAUCCGCCAUAUACUUCCGUGAGGUUUUUCUUCACUACUUUCAUAGGCUUGAUGUUUGGAACAAUAUUCUGGGAUCUUGGCAGGAAAUAG